AUGGCCUCGAACUCGGGGCAUUCGAACCAACUCUUAUAUGCAUGCAUUGCGCAUGGAACCACCAUCUUGACCGAGCACACAUCCCCCGGCACUUCAUCAACCUCCGCCUCUUCGCUCGCCUCAGUCAUCCUUCCUAAGAUUUCACAUGCGGCGCCUGCGAAGCUUACAUAUACGCACGAACGCCUCUUUGUGCACUAUAUAGCCGACUCACCGUCCUCGACGUCCAACAGCCCCGACGAGCAACUCUCCAGUCAUGCCGCCCUCACGUAUUUGGUUGUUGCGCAAACCGAGAUGGGCAGACGGAUACCGUUUGCCUUUCUGCUGGACCUGAAGAAGAAGUUUCUGGCGCAAUACAAGCCGGAAUCUACCGAUUUCUCUUCUCUGCCGCCUUAUGGCACUGCAGCGUUCAACUCUACCCUAAAGGCGAUGUUACAGCAAUACAAUACGGCGCCGCCCAGCGAUGCAUUGACCAAUGCUAAGAAAGAGAUCGACAGCGUAAGGAACAUCAUGACCGAGAAUAUUGAACGAGUUCUGGAAAGAGGAGAGCGCAUUGAUUUACUGGUGGACAAGACUGACAGGUUGGGUGGGAGCGCGCGAGACUUCCGGGUUCGCAGUAGGGGGCUAAGAAGGCAGAUGUGGUGGAAGAAUGUCCGGGUGAUGGUGCUGUUGGUGGUGGUGAUCAUUUUCUUGAUCUACCUUUUCGUUGGCUUUGGUUGCGGCCUUCCGGCAUGGAGCAGGUGCGUUGGCUGA